AUGACUAUGAGGACAAACAUGAGUGAAACGGUCUCAAUCCAAGGGAGGAACAUCAAAUGGACAAAUUUGGGAACCGGAAGAGGUAAGGAGUCCGAAAUGUACCUCUGUGCCUCCACAUUGUGGAAACUCACUGAUGUUUUGCAUAUCUUCUCAUACUUGCCACGUUACCUGAACUUCAUCGAGCACACAAGCAACAUCGGUUGGAAAGAGAACCAAAGAGCAAGACCAAUCAUAAUCGAUCCUGGCUUUUACCAUUUGAAGAAAUCUGGUGUCUUUUGGGCUAAAGAACGGAGAUCUUUGCCUGCUUCAUUCAAACUCUUCAUGGGAUCACCAAGCGUAGCUCUAACAAGAUCUUUCCUCGAGUUCUGCAUUUGGGGAUGGGACAAUCUUCCAAGAACGCUGUUGAUGUACUACACCAACUUCCUUUUGUCGUCAGAAGGCUAUUUCCAGACGGUUGUGUGCAACAAUAAAGAUUAUCAGAACACUACUGUUAACCAUGACUUGCAUUACACGCAUUGGGAUCCUCUUCUCCAGCAGCGCGCCUUGAAUCUAACGGUUGAGAAUUUCCGCGAUAUGGUCCAGAGCGGGGCUCCGUUUGCGAGGGAGUUUAGGGAGGAUGAUCUUAUACUUGAUAAGAUCGACGCCGAGCUGCUGAUUGGUCAAACCGACGGUGGAUUUGGGUUGAAGACUCCGGAGGUUGUUAAGCCAACGGUGAGUUGGAAGAGGCUUGAGAAGCUUAUGGUUAGGCUUCUUGAUCAUGAGAGUUUUAGAGAUAAGCAAUGAUCACCAAGCGUAGCUCUAACUCCUCGAGUUCUGCAUUUGGGGAUGGGACAAUCUCCCAAGAACGCUGUUGAUGUACUACACCAACUUCCUUUUGUCGUCUGA